UGAAUAAUCCAUAGACCCGGAAGUGGGGCGGCGCUGCUGUUUUUUUUGCUGUCGAGUCACCUCUGUGUGGUCAGGAUGGAGGAAAACGAGCUGCUACCAUGCUGAGACACCACGGAUAAGCCGACGGCCGAGCAUCACACCCCGGGACACCCGAAAGGACACGAGUCGCCGUUUUGACCCACGAACCCGCUGCGCCGUUCCACGUACACGUCGCCAAAAUGAUGGAGGAAAUCGACAGGUUCCAAGUGCCUCCAGUGAACGGGGAGACACAGCCACUGGACCCAGCAGCAUCCGCCGCCUCUGAGACGAUCCCUGACACCAAGGGAGAGACCGUGUCCAUGAACUACAAACCGUCCCCACUGCAAGUCCAAAUAGAGAAACAGAGGGACCUCGCCAGGAAGGGAUCAGUGAAGAAUGGCACCGUGGGAAGUCCUGUCAAUCAACAACCCAAGAAGAAUUCCAGGACAAGGUUGGUGGUGCCCAACAAAGGUUACUCCUCUCUAGACCAGAGCCCGGAUGAGAAGCCCCUGGUAGCACUGGACACUGACAGUGAUGACGACUUUGACAUGUCCAGAUACUCCUCAUCAGGAUACUCCUCAGCCGAGGUGAGAUGUCUGAGGGACCAGCAGAUCAACCAGGACCUGAACAUCCAGCUCCUAAAGGACGGCUACCGGCUCGAUGAGAUCCCGGACGACGAGGACCUGGAUCUGAUCCCCCCUAAAGCAGUGAACCCCACCUGCAUGUGCUGUCAGGCUGCUCCCUCCACAGCCUGUCAAAUCCAGUAGCACCAUUUCCCUCCCCCCCAAAAAAUAUAUCUCCUGCCUGCCACCUGCACCGAGGCCAACUACUGAGCAGAGUGGCUGCAAGGAGGAAAAACUAUCAGCUUGCAAUGGCACAAAGGGAAAAAAAACGAGGGUUUAUAAAUGCUAAAAUAAGAAAAGGAUAUACAGUAGGUGAAGUCUUGAGAAAAUGUACAGUAUCUGUGCACCUUCCUCCUAUGGUUGGAUCUGUGCAUUUCACUUCUGCGUAGUUGUGGGGACUCGACUGAUGGCAGAAACUUUACCUCUAGUGACGACGUUUCACUUUUGCUUCUCCUUUGUUCGACUUCCAUGUCAUGCUUGUGGAUAUUUUCUUUCAUGAGGACGAUGAAGGAUUGUGCGACAUUGUGGAGGAAGAGGGACAAAAAAAAAAAAAGAAUGGGAUGACAGGAACUCUACCAAAUGCAUGUAAUGGUGAUGAGGUGUCAUCAUUGGUCGUGCAACCACCCACGGAAAGUAGUUUGUUUCUGCGUGUGCGUCAUUGAUGGUGAGAUUAAUGGACGGGAAGAGAUCGGAUGUUGUGGCCAUUGUUUUUCCCACAUCAUUUCUUUCUGCCAGUCUGAUUUGUCUGCCUGUGCGUACGUGUCAGACCUGAAAAAUGAAAUACGUUUGUCUGGUUAUGUCCAGGAAAGUAGUGCUAAACCAUUAAGUUACAAACACUUACAAUCACAACAUCCAUCCAGCCAUCCAUCCAUCCAUCAACUAUACUGCUUAUCAUUGAGAGUUAGGGCCUGGUCACACAUUCACGAUUGCAAAGUGAAUAACGGGCGUCAAAGUUCACCAAGGUUGAACUUCAUAAGAGGCCACACUGCGAUUUGAUUUAUAAGUGAACAGGAAGCAAAGGUUCGCCACUGAAACGUUUGUGUAUGUGUGACCGGGCUUUUAGGGUGAGGGUUCUAUCACAGGCCAAAAAGCAUUCGCUCACAACUACGAGUUGCCAGUUACCUGCAUGUCUUUGGACUGUGGGAAGAAGUCAGUGAAUGCCUAGGCAGGAAUGGGGAGAACAUGCAAACUCCACACGGCAAGGCCGUGGUCGAACUGGGGUUCAAACCCAGAGCCUUCCUCCGUGUGAUCACCGUGCUGCCCCCUUCACAACAUUGAAAUACUAAUGCCAGAUUUAUUUUUUAAAUGUUUGAAUGUUUAACCAAGGUCGUACUGCUUAACUGUUCCCUAUUCAGUUAAAAGAAGCUGAAAACAAAUAGUUUUGCAUGUUGCCUGUUAACACUAUUGUCUAAUAAGCAGCCUGUGCAGAUAAUUCAUCCGUUUUUAUUGACCCCCACACACGUCCUUGUGCUGAUGAGACAUUAUGUGAGGUGCACUUGGUAAUAUUUAGGUUUACCUACUGUAGUAUCAGUAGAUGUAGUGAUUUAAAGUCCGUGGCAGGAACAGCUCAUGAGUUCGUGUGUACUUGCUGUUGGUUGCCCCGACAUGAGAGGAUGCUCAAAUGUUCGCAGAAGCAGUUGCCACACUAGCGAACGUGGUUAUAAAAUACUUCAUAUACGUAAGGGAAUCCGUUAACGUAUAAAAGACUUGAUAAUAAUGUGCAGAUACACUGAGAGUUGUUGAAUUUUUGAUCAUACAUGAGAAUGUGUACACAGGGAUUUCGUGUCGCCUGGAUGGAAAUGAAAUGGGAUUUUUUUUUUCUGACAUACGAAGGGAAUUUUGAAAAGCUUUCCUUUCUUUUAAGUUCAGUUUUAAGUGUAUUUGUUUUGUAUGUUUGUAUAUUCACGCGUACUCCUCCUCGAGGUCGAAAAACAACAUUUGUCCGACUCGGGGACAAGAAGUGUAUAUGUAGCACCUGACACAGCUGUGUAUUGUCAAUGCUUUAUGCCAAUGGAUGUUCUCCAUUAUGUUGAAAAGGAAGUAGUCCUUGCUGUAUAGAAGUACUGAAUGCGUACCGUUUUCCCCCCGUCAUGUUUACAUCAUCCUGAAGACAUAUCUGGAGCUCUCAGAUCAGUCAGCUGUUCUCUAGUAGAUUACAUGUGAGUCUGCUCAGUGGAAGUGGGUUUCCCAAAAACGUUUACAUAUUUGUGUUUUCCUGCUGCAAAAUUCUGCUAUUAUGACACCUGGAAAAAAAGAAGAAAUAGCUUUUUAUCUUUUAUCCAGCAUUAGUUAAGGCAGGUCACUAGUAGUUGAGCCACAAUCCAGUAUGAAAGCUGACAGCAGCAGAUCUUAAUAGCAGCCAACAAGAUGCUUCAGCUGCCCCACUUCACAACCUGCCUUUACCCCAGCACCUCCUUUUCAUAUUGAAUCCAACAAAAUCACGUCAUGUGUGGUCAUUGAUUCCUGCUCUGUUGUGGGGGUGUCUGCUCUCCCUGUCUCAUUUUCCAUGAAGGUUUGUAGAAGGUUGGGGGGGGGUGUGUGCUCUCCCUACUAAAGGCCUUGUAUGUACAUGGAAGGGCAGGGAGUCCCAAACCAGAGCCAUACCGCCAAAUAUAACUUACUGCAAUCAAUCAUCCAUUACCUAUACUGCGUAUUGUUUGAGGGUCAAGGGGGGGAGCUGGAGCCAAACCGGGUUGACAAUGGGCGAGAGGUGGGGUUCACCCUGGACAGGACGCCACAGGGCCGACAUACAGAGACAAGCACUCACAUUCACAUCUAUGGUCAAUUUAGAGACUGUGAUCAACCUAAUCCACAAUCGGCAUGUUUUUGGACUGUGGGAGGAAAUCGGGAUACUCAGAGAAACUCCAAGCAGAUUACAUGCACGCAGAAAAUGCAAACUUUACAUCGAAACACAGAACACAGAACCGUUUUGCUCUGAGGUGCUAACCCCCGCACCACCUGCCAUUGCAAUUCAAAACAAAUUUGUUUUGACAACAGUGCCCCUGACCGAACUACAGUUUUAGGCAUGUGUGCACUUUACACUGGUCCAAGUUAUUUCCUCAAUGGUCAUGUGCAGUGUAUUGUGUUUACAUGGCAUCUUACAUUGUGUCCGCAUCUACAGCGCAAUCUCAUUUCUAGUAACGUGUUUUGAUAUAUGAUGGUGUUUUUGGGAAACCUCACAUCUUCUAUAACUGAUGCUCUUCUCCAUGUGUUCAAAUAUUUCACGAUUCAUUGACUGAAGGUUCAGUGUGUGACGUAUGACCUGACAGAUGUGUGGAAAAGAGAGGAAUCGCUGAUAGUGAUUUGAUUUACAAAAGUACACAAACAUCGAUUUUUGUUGUCCUUUCAUACAAGGUGCCAUAUGUGUAGAUAAUGUCAUAAGAACGGUGCAGUAGUUCAGGUGAUAUGUCAACAACGCCUCCAGCUGAGGUGUGUGUGUUAGAGCAGUGGCUGUUUUCACUACAGUACAAUAUUAACUAUGAUGAGGUACUGACUGUGACUGAUUAUGGUGCUUCAUUAAUUUUAAUCAUCAACAUCAUCCACUCACACAGGUUGUGUGCACUAUACUCCUGCCCGGUGUCGUGGCCCUUUGGGGCGCAGCUUCACUAAUCUCCUGAGAUUUGGACACUAAAGUAAUGCAUUGUAACAAGCUAUUUAUUUGCAGUUGCGUGUGUUUUAAUUUAUUUUUCCAUGUAUGGGAAAUAAUCCAUAUACAAACAGAUGCUUUUUAUUUGCCAGAUGUUUUAUUAUGAUGAUUGUGUACUGGUUCCAUUUAGGUUUUAACAGUGUUACAAGUUCUGUGUAUAGUGCAACAAAUGACAAAUAAUAAAUAUUAGAUAUCUGAA